CAUCUCGCGAGAUUUGGGUCUAGACGGAAGAUGGCGGCGGCGGGAACAGCCACCCCGGGGCCGGAGGAGGGCGGAGAAGGGGAGAGCACGCCACCGGCCGCCUCGGAAGCCUCAGCCGGGGACGCCUCGGGGCCAGCCGAGCAAGGGACCGGAGACUCCGAGACCGGAGGGGAUGCCUCCCUGGCUGAUGUCACUGCUGCCCUGGAGACUGAAUCGUCCAGUGGGAAGGAUGCCCUGGAGGGCAUUGGGGACAGUUCUGAAGUUCUGGAUACUCAGACCGGCUCAGUAGAUGAAGAAAAUGGGCGGCAACUGGGAGAGAUUGAGUUGCAGUGCGGGAUCUGCACCAAAUGGUUCACGGCCGAAACAUUUGGCAUUGACACCACAUCCUGUCUGCCUUUUAUGACCAACUACAGUUUCCAUUGUAAUGUUUGUCAUCACAGCGGAAAUACUUACUUCUUAAGAAAACAAGCAAAUCUGAAGGAAAUGUGUCUUAGUGCUCUGGCCAACCUAACUUGGCAGUCGAGGACCCAAGAUGAACAUCCAAAAACAAUGUUUUCAAAAGACAAGGAUAUCAUACCCUUUAUUGACAAGUACUGGGAGUGUAUGACUACCCGGCAAAGACCAGGAAAGAUGACAUGGCCAAACAAUAUUGUGAAGACAAUGUGUAAAGAAAGAGAUGUCUUCUUGGUGAAAGAGCAUCCAGACCCAGGAAGCAAAGAUCCAGAGGAGGAUUACCCCAAAUUUGGACUCUUAGACCAGGACCUUGCUAAUAUUGGCCCUGCAUAUGAUAACCAGAAGCAGAGCAGUGCUGUCUCUACUAGUGGAAAUUUAAAUGAUCCAGAGGUGUACCCCAAGAUUAAUUUAACAAUUAAAUGUGGAGCCUCUUUGGGAGGGGGUAUCGUACCAGGAACUACUGGGAAAGGCAGAGGCGCAAAACGCAAGCAGCAAGACGGAGGGACCACAGGAACAGCCAAGAAAACCAGAAGCGAUCCUUUGUUCUCUGCUCAGCGUCUCCCACCCCACGGUUACCCGCUGGAGCACCCUUUUAAUAAGGAUGGGUACCGUUACAUUUUGGCAGAGCCGGACCCCCACGCACCUGACCCAGAGAAGCUGGAGUUGGACUGCUGGGCGGGGAAACCGAUUCCUGGCGACCUCUACAGGGCAUGUCUGUAUGAGCGGGUGCUCCUCGCUCUGCAUGACCGAGCUCCUCAGCUGAAGAUCUCGGAUGACAGGCUGACAGUAAUAGGAGAGAAAGGUUACUCCAUGGUACGAGCCUCGCACGGCGUGCGGAAGGGAGCCUGGUACUUUGAGAUUUCUGUGGACGAGAUGCCUGCUGAAACUGCUGCCAGGCUUGGCUGGUCUCAGCCAUUGGGGAACCUCCAGGCCCCGCUGGGCUAUGACAAAUUUAGCUACUCCUGGCGCAGCAAGAAAGGUACCAAGUUCCAUCAGUCCAUUGGGAAGCAUUAUUCGUCAGGCUAUGGCCAAGGAGAUGUGCUUGGCUUCUAUAUCAGCCUUCCCGAAGACACCGAAACGGCCAAAUCACUGCCAGAUACUUACAAAGAUAAGGCUCUGAUCAAGUUCAAAAGUUACCUGUACUUUGAAGAGAAGGACUUUGUGGAUAAAGCGGAGAAAAGCUUAAAGCAAGCUCCAGGAAGCCAAAUAAUCUUCUAUAAAAAUGGUGCUAGCCAAGGAGUUGCCUACAAAGAUAUUUUUGAAGGGGUUUAUUUCCCUGCUGUCUCUUUAUAUAAAGGCUGCACGGUUUCCAUCAACUUUGGGCCCUACUUCAAAUACCCUCCAAGAGAUAUCAAUUACCGCCCAAUCAGUGACAUGGGCUGGGUCGCUGUGGUGGAACACACCCUGGCAGAUGUUCUCUAUCACGUGGAAACGGAAGUGGACGGGAGGCGGAGCCCACCUUGGGAGCCUUGAGAGGCACUCUGUGUGUAUAUAUCUGUGUAUAAUUUUUUUUUAAAACAGCAUCACUGGAUGUAAAGUGGAAAGGAAAUAAAUCUCCUCUUUUUUUUAAA